AUGAGCCGGAUCCUGCUCGGGGCGUGCGAUUGCGGCGAAGGGACCCUUGCAAUUCGUGGGCGGAAGUGGGCAUGGCGCACAGCGCUGGGGCACCGCCUGCCCGGGCUCGGCUACGCCCACCUUUCGUUCCGCACCACCGACGUGGAAGCCCUCGAGCUCUCCGGGUACGCGCUGCGCGUCAUCUUGCGGCCCCGCCCCUCCUCCAUACAAGCGGCGGAGCUGGCGGCGGCGCUGGCGGCGCAGUCCGAGGCCGAUGCGUCCGACGCGGCAAAGGCUGCGGAGAAGCCCAGGCCCGAGCUGCUGCUGGUGUGCGCCGGCAAGAGUGAGCUCAGGACGCUGCUCUACUUGUUGGGCCCGAUGCUGCGCUUCGUCGAGUGCAGGCAAACCGUCGGGCUGCUACUCGAGUGCACCGUCAAGGUUGUUGAAGGCCGGGUAUUGCACGGUCCUUUCGCCGAUGCACUCAAGGUGAAGGACUUGCGUAAUACCUUUCCGUCAACAACCUUGAAGGAGCGUGCCCUGGCUACCCCGAAGCCGUGGGGGGCUUACCGAGCCGAGGCGCCCUUGCUUCCGUCGGAGCCCUUCUCGCACGCGCACCACACCGUCGAGGGAUGGCUGGGCGCCGUGCCGCGCUCGCUCAAGCUAGACGCGCUACGCUCGCUCCCGCCCUUCCGGCUGCUCGAGCUAGCCGACACGCUGGUGGCGCAUGCGGCGGCAGUGCGCGCGGCGCGGCAGGCGGCGCCCAGGGAGCUGGUCGAGCGGAGUUCGCCGGUGUCUCCGGCGGAGGGUGGGUCGAUCCGUGGAGGGUGGGUUGGCUUGAGGGCGCUCUGGGAGUGGGAGGUGCAGAAGGAGGAACUCGAUGGGGGGACAACAGAGGAGGAGGGCGAGGAAUACGUUUUCUGA